UUGCAAGUCUAGCGUUCUUCGGAAGCUUUUGUUGCUCUGUGAUUUCUCUUGCUGACGGGGACAGUUUCGCUGUUGGCUUUUUCACGCAUCCCCUUGUAAAUGGGGCGCACUUGAAGCGGUGGGCGAGCAACAUGAGCCAGGGAAUCAGAACUAUUUCCUUGUAAAGGCCUCUGACUAUAAAAUGGCUACCGCUUCUUUGCGUCAUGGAGUGACCAUCACUGGAGCUAUCCUGCUAGUCACAGGAACACUGUGUUUUGCUUGGUGGAGUGAUGGUGAGAUGGGGGCCACAUCGAGCAGUGACCCUAACAUCAUCCCUCAUGCAGAAGCUGAACAAGUUACAAGUUCUUCCUCCUCUAAUGCAGUGCUCAGGUCUAUCAGCUUCUUCUGUUGUGGGAUUGGUGGGCUCCUCCUCCUUUUUGGUCUACUCUGGUCAGCAAAUGCUGGAAUUGUCUCUCGGCGCUACCAAUACCAUUUUUCCAGAGACCUUCACUACUUCACUGUUGAACCUCUUGAAAAACAGACUUGCAGCACCUGGGAAGCCAGCACUAUUCCUACCUAUGAAGAAGCCAUGAAUUGCCAGCCUGCUGAAAAUGCCCCAGACUACAUACGGUCUCACAGUAUGAAAGAAAACAGGCCACCUGUCUAUCAACUGGUAGAUGAGAAUGACCCAUGGCAUGACAGCCGCAGACGAAGCUCUUCUGAUAGUGCUUUAUUCCGGAAUAUUCUACCAAGGCUAGAGCCAGGAUCUUGGAAUGAAGCAAGCAUUGUCUGUCACACUCCACCACCUAGCUAUGAGAGUCUCAGCUCAUGUGAUGGAUGAUCUAGGGGUUUGGUUCAUCACCACUAUAUUGGUUUUGAGUGCAUUUUAUUGCCACCUAUCAUUUCCCUUAAAUUAAUUAGUGGCAAGCAGGUGUGGAAAGGGGUAAAUGGCUACAAAAAUAUGAAUUACUGCUUUACCUUUUGUAGAAACUGCUGCCUAAUGAUCAGAGAUUAAUCUCAGCAUUGCUUUCAUUAGUGUAUGGCUGAUGUGUAUACAGUAAGCCUCAUGUAUCUAAAUGCCCAGGAGGUGCAUCCAAAGUGCACAGAUAAUUAAAAUGUCAGCUGUGUGGGACUUCUGUUUACAUAGAGUUAUAGUGUUACAGACUUGCAAGGGUAGAAUAUUGUGAAUGUAAGUAUCUAGGCUCUGGGUAAAUGGCAUCUGGAAAUGGAGAGUUCUGAACUGUUUGUAGGUAAUAAAAUGUUUGUCUAUCAGUUACAUAGAUAUAAAAUGCAUUGUGGUAUGUUGGUGAAAUUGCUUGUUUCCUGCCAAAUUUCUUCCAAUUUCAUUAGAAAUUAUCAGGUAAUGAAAUUAUUCUGAAUGUCGCUUACAUUCUAUUCCAAAUACAAAUGCCUGUCUUGAGUAUGAAAUCUACGCACCAAGCAUCUUCACAUCCUUUAACACAGUGUUUCUCAAAUUAGGGAGUUCACGGGGUACUCCAGGUAGUCUCUUACUCCUUCAUAAGCCAGGGCUGAUUCAUAUCGGUCCAUCUAAUGUGGAAAUGGAGCCCUGUGGGGUGGGGAGGGGACAGAAUUAGCUUCCCCAUUUCAAAGGGCAGGAGCUCAUAGAGUCACCACCAUCCACAUUCACAAUAGCUUCCAGAUAACCUAGCACUGGCUGGGAAAGGCACUGAUUGGUUGCUGGGAUCCUGUAGCACAGCCCUGAGAACUUUUAACUAUCUGAGUGGUACCUAGUGGCAGUCUUAGUGAUUCUGGAGGUCUCAGGCAAAACUUGAAGAUGGGGCCUCAGAAUCACUUAAACAGCAGGGAGGAGAGUGAUAAAAGUAGGAUGUUGUUCCCCUGAUCACCCUUAAGCUGACGGUUCUCCCCCCAAUUCUGCCUGAAUCUAGGGCAGUACAGGGGAUCAGUGGUGAAUCUGCUGGCAGGGGCUUCAGGGCUGUGGUUAGUGCAGCUGGCUGCAGUGUAGGGGGCUCUCUGCAGGGCCUGGGGCACCUGUCUCAAAUGCCUUGUGGCCAAGACCACUCCUGGUGGUACCAAGGAGGUAUUGUCCUAAUACAGUUAUCAUAGUUCCUUCAGAUAUAAAAUUGAACUUGUUUUCAAUCUAUUUUCCAAUACAAAGGCUAUCACUAAACUACUAGAGAGAUGCUGUUCUGAAUCCAUAGACAAUAAUAGCUAAUGGUGGCUUUUAAUCCAAUACAAGAAAUUCAAAUUUUGUAUAAUUGUGGUCUUUUCUUUUUCCUGUGAACAGCUCUGUUUCUCUGGCUUUGCUGGCCUUUCCCCACCCUUAACUUUCCUUACUGUCUCUGGUACAAAGUCUCCUCCAGUCAAGAGAUGAGAUUUAUUAGAACUUAGGGUCAGAAUCUUUUGAGCUGUGGCGCUAUAGAAUCAGCUACCCUCUAAGACCUGACCUUGUAUGCUGUGUAUAGACAACAUAAAUGUUUAAAUUUGUUGUUAGAGCAUAGCUGAUGUGGUUUUCACUGUGUUGUUUUGAGAACACUAGGGGACAGAGGUGUUCAUGGGGCACACAUGGUUUGGCAUGCACUUUGUAAAGGGGCAGUCCUACACAUGGUGGGUGCUGUUGAGGAUGCAUGAAAUUUUAA